CGCUCGCGUAGUUCUAAUUGUGCAUUGCGCGCGUUGAGAUGCGGUUGCUACUUUUGCUUUAUCUGCUGCUCGGCUGCUGCAGUCAGGCACUGUGCGAUUUGCUGGGCGAUGCGCAAAUCUUGGAGCAAUGUCUGCGUGAGCUGAGCACACCCGAGCGCAUAGACAGCGAUUUACGCAAGCUGGAGCGCUACGCGGAGUGGACCAGCGAGGAGUUGCCUUGUCUCAUGCGCUGUCUAGCCAACGGCAAGGGCUGGUUCGAUGUGGCAGCCAACAAGUGGCGACGCGAGCGUGUUGCUGAAGAGCUCGGCGCUGAUAUUUACAACUAUUGCCGCUAUGAGCUGCAGCGCAAAUCACGUGACGGCUGCAGCUUUGCGCAUCGCGGACUGCGCUGCCUCAAGCAGGCCGAGCUGCAUGCCAGCGCCAACCUCAACACGCUGUUCAAGUGCAGCAAGCAGCUCAACGCCAGCAAUGUGCAGCUGCUGCAGUACAGCAAACUGGAGUCACCAGAGUCCAUACCCUGCCUGCUUAACUGCAUGGCCACUGAGCUGCAGCUGUACGACGAGGCAGGCAAUUGGCGUCUGCAGAACUGGCAGCAGGCAUUUGGACCAAGUCGGCUGGAGGCGCAGCCCGACUACAGCGUCUGCCGGCGCAGCGAUGCGCAGCGUCAAGCGGCAAGCAGCAAGUGCGCUUGGAUAUACGAAGAGUAUCUAUGCUGGGAGCAGCUGAAUGGCAAUCUACAGCAGCAGCGGCAGGAAUCAGCAGCAAACAUAGUUAAGCAAUAAAUAUGAAUUUAUUAUUUGUGUAAAGUAACAAACUCGGCAAGCUGUUGACAUUUAAGAAAUGGCAAAAGGGUAAAUCAAGUCAAGUCAGUGCAGCGUCUAAGGCGUUGCUAAAAACAAUAAUUGUAAAUAUUCUUCCAUAGCAGACAACAAGUGAUUUAAGUGAUGAAUUUGUUAUACUUCUUCCCAGUUAACUACAAAAGCAUGAAUGAAGUCUUAUAUUCUGCAAUAGAUGACGCCAAAAUUCAAAAGACGAAUUAAUUAUCAACGCUUCUCAUUGCUCAGACCAAUUUAUUCUUCCCCUGAGUUCGGAGGAAUUUGUUAUGCAAUUUUAACUCCAAAAGCAUGAAUGAAGUCUUAUAUUCUGCAAUAGAAGACCAAUCAGAUUUAAGAGAGGAGUUUACUGUAGAAUUUUAUAUACCCAUCGCUUCUUCCCAGUUUGACUGAAGUCUUAUAUUCUUCAAUAGCAAACAAGUAGAAUGAAGAGACGAAUUUGUGAUGGAAUCUCAACGUUUCUUAUUUCUCAUUUCCAUUUCUUCUCCCCCAAAGCUACAAAAGCAAUGAAUAAAGUCUUAUAUGCUUCAU